GUCAAAUUAUGAAAAAUCCAAAACAAAUUUCUCUUUAAAAACCUAAUUUUUUAGCUUUUAAUUUAAAUAAUUUAUAAAUGUUUGAUAGAAUAUCCGUUAGUUAAAUGUGCAACGCAACGAGAGAUAUAAUGGAUUGCAUGUUUGAGGCUGUCCUGGAUGCUUCACAAGAUCCAGACGAUAUCCCUCAAACUGAGGAUCCUUUGUGGAUUUUAGGGAAGAAAUACAAUGCUAUUCGUGAAACAAACGCAAUAAGGCAAGACAUUGUCUCAAAAUUAUGGAUAACUUACCGAAGAGAUUUUGUACCAAUCGGCGGUAGCGAUGGAAAAACUUCGGACAGAGGCUGGGGCUGCAUGCUGAGAUGCGGCCAAAUGGUUCUAGCCCAAGCCAUGAUAAAUUUACAUUUGGGAAGAGACUGGUUAUGGGCACCAACGACAAAAGACACUACAUAUUUAAAUAUAAUCAAAAAAUUUGAAGAUAGCAGAAAAGCACCGUUUUCAAUUCAUCAAAUCGCUAGCAUGGGUGUAUCAGAGGGUAAAGAAAUCGGACAGUGGUUUGGACCCAAUACUAUUGCCCAAGUUUUAAAAAAACUAGUAAAAUACGAUGAAGGCAAUACCCUUGCAAUUCAUGUAGCAUUGGAUAAUGUAGUCAUUAUAAACGAAAUUAGAGACAUUUGUGUAAGUCAAUCAACAAUAGACUAUACAAAGACUGACUGGAAGCCCUUAUUACUUAUUGUACCAUUAAGAUUAGGUUUAUCCGAGAUUAAUAGCAUUUACAUUGAAGGACUUAAAAAAUGUUUUCACUUGAAACAAAGUUUAGGAGUAAUUGGUGGAAGGCCAAAUUCUGCCUUAUAUUUUAUCGGUUACGUUGGCAAUGAAGUAUUGUAUUUCGAUCCUCACACAACGCAGAAAUUUGCAAUGGUAGGUAAUAAGGACAGUAUAGAGGAGAAAGAAGCGGAUUUUAGUUACCAUUGCAAGUUUGCUCAUAGGAUGAGCAUUUUGACCAUGGAUCCUAGUGUUGCUGCUUGCUUUUUUUGUAAAACCGAAGAAGAUUUCAAUGAUCUUUGUCAGAAUAUUAAAGACGAUUUGAUAAAACCUGAAAGACAGCCUCUGUUUGAAAUAUCUUAUGAUAAACCUAAGGAAUGGCAACCAACUACACAAGAUUUAAAUGCACUAGGGUUAAGUGAUCAGUCAGAUCAAGAAGAUUUUGAAAUUUUAUAGCUUUAAUUUUAAUUAAGCUGGGUUGUAAAUAAUUAAAAUUAUUUAAUAGAGCGAUAUUGAAUAAUAUGUAUUCUAUUUAUGAGUUUUUUGUAUAUGAGAUUUCGAAAAAUAAGGGCUUUUAAUAAAAAUUAUGCUAAUUGAA